GAGUAGCUGAGGAAAGACAAAGCUGUGUGUGAGCAAAAGCGGUUUUUUCGGAAACUCGCGGCCGUGUCAUAUAGGUAAAGAUUUGGAAAGGCAACGGGACUCCUGCCCGGCGCUGCUUCUCACAUUACUUCAUUGCAGGGGGGCUUAGAUGGAGUGAAGUGUUGCUGCGCUGAGACUAGCACUCUUUAUCAGUAUACCUUUUUCAUUCCCAGUCAGGGGAGCUCUGAAGGCAAGCGGUGGAGAUUUGAAAUCAAAGGCAAGACGAUAGAAUUUUAAUGGACAAGGCUUCGUGCGUCUGUUUGGAUUUAAAGUGCUCAAAGGCGCAUCAAUGGGGCUGCCACAUGGACGGGCGUAUGAAGACAGCGAAUACGCAACCCUGUUUUAAAGACUAACACAACUUCACAGAAAGGAGAAAACUCGAGCUGAAUGGGCAUCUUCAAACGUAAACCUGAACCUCGACAAAGUGGAUUGGAUUAAAAGGGGCCAAAUAACAGAUGCAUCCAGCAAGCACGCACGCAUAAUCCGUUCUUGAAAUUCCCUCCUCAGUCCCGGCUCUUCUUAUUAAUUAGUAAGAAAGGGGUCGUUUCAGACAAGGCGGCCGGCACUACAGAGCAAAGGGGAAUACAAGAAACGUGCUCAUAAUCUGGAAGAGCGAUCAGAGGAUUCGAGCAGCACAGACCGCGUCCUACACAGAAAGGGGAGCUCGCAAGCCGCUGACAAAUCCCCACACACUUCGAGUACGCGGAGCCGCCGAUUUGCUUUAAACUCACAGUAGACGCUCUGCUGCUCGUUUUUUUCCGCUUUAUUUUGAUCUUUUUUCUGGCUGCUGUUCUCAUUGUUGAUCAUUUGACAGAAAUGCACCGAAGUGCAGGAAAAGCAAUGCCGUUGCUCUGCGUGACUUUUUUGGCUUUAUAUGUAAUUGUAGUGAAAGGAUUCCCCACGAAGAAACAGGGCAGCACCCCAAAAUACUCGGGGGCGCAUCUGGAGGUUAAGGGUCGAGGAGCCUCUAGUGCCUCUCAUCAGGGGUUGGACAUUUUGCAACAAAACAACAAAAUUAAGAGUUGGAAAAGAACUGGCCCAAGUAACCCCCGUCGACACAAGAGGAGGUGGUCUCAGCAGCGCACGGGUGGGACUUACACUCAAUCCAAGGCUGAACUGGAAGACAGUAAGCCCUUUGUUUUGGACCUUAAGAACUUUCCUGACCUGGCUAAUGCUGACCUCAGUUCUCAAAAUCCAAACAUUCAGGUAACCAUUGAGGUGGUUGAUGACCCACAAGCAGAAAUCGAAAUGGAUCUUGUGAAGGAAAGCCGCAAUGACUGGUCUUUGUCCUCUGCCGACUGGCUAGCUCACAAAGAGCUGUUCUGGCCUCUCUUUUGGAAAUAUCCAGACCCUGCAGAGGACAGUAAUGGGCGGGCAGGACAAGAUGAGGAGGAUUACACCGAUUACGACAGUGAAGGGUCUGUUUUGAGCAGUGUGGAUGGCGAUUGGGACCGUAGGUGGCCUGGACACAAGGGAUGGGGUCCCAAAGAUAAUUAUGAAUAUGAAGAAGAGGAAGAGUGGAGUUCCUGGUCUCCCUGCAGUGCCACAUGUGGUAGUGGCAAUCAGAAGCGUACGCGGUCUUGUGGCUAUGCGUGUACUGCUACCGAAUCCCGAACGUGUGACCUAACACACUGUCCAGGGUUUGAAGAUGAUAUUAAUGCUGUAACAGAUCUCAUGCCAUAUGGUGCUGAAAACAGUACAGACUUGUAUGAUGCUGAUCUUGACAGCUGUGAAAAAUGGCUCAACUGCAAGAGCGACUUCCUGAAGAAGUAUCUUCACAAGGUGUUAACAGAACUGCCUAGCUGCCCGUGUCACUACCCAUCCGAGGCCGUGUACAGCACUGUCCACGUCUUUGAUGAGAAGCAAGGCAAGACUUAUCGAUGGCGGGAUGCGAGCGGCCCCAAGGAGCGCCUGGAUAUUUACAAGCCCACUGCCAAGUUCUGCGUUCGCUCCAUGCUCUCUUUGGACAGCACCACCCUGGCUGCCCAGCACUGCUGCUACAAUGAGCAGAUGAGACUGAUCACCCGAGGGAAGGGCGCGGGCGCUCCCAACCUCAUAAGUACGGAGUUCUCCCCCGAGCUGCACUACAAAGUUGACGUGUUACCGUGGAUUUUGUGCAAAGGCGACUGGAGUAAGUUCCACGCAGUUCGACCGCCCAACAACGGCAUGCAAUGUACUGAAAACCCCACGGAGGAUGUCUAUAUGAAUGAGCUGGAAGAAGCAAGAGAGUAUUAAACGCAUUAGGACUUGCAAUUCCAUUCACAGACUUGUAUCCACUUAAUUGCACAAAAACAGAGAUCUGCUCCACUUUUUCUCCUGCUGAACCUGCAGUGAGGAAGUUGCUUAUUUUGGCUGGCUGAUGAAUCUGCAUCUGUUAAAAUGAGAGCCGUGCCUUCUUUAGUUUCUUGGUUGACGUUAGCAGUCUGAUUCAUUAUUUGGUGCUCGGGUCACUAAAUGCAAUCGACGGCUUCUACUAGAGGAGGCCAGACUGAAGCAUGGGAUAGCGGACUGUUUUAAAGAGCGUACUAUGUUAUAGCGCACCAGGGGUCAGAUGUUUGACAAAACAUUGGCACCUUAAGGAGUGGAAAAAGCUUUUUUGCUCUCGUGUGAUAUCCUAUCCAUGUGGGUGCUUACAAAUGUACUUAUCUGCAUCUUUUCUAACGUUACGUCCUCACAGUGAUAUUUGCUGCUACAAACUUUUCCUCCACCUAUGGUGUCGGAACCCUUCAGCGGGGUGUCGGAUGGACACCAAUAGGAAACACAUUUGGCAGGUGCUGGAUUUUCCUAGGUCUAUUACCUUUUUUUUCCAUGGAAAAUGAUCUAGUCAACAUUGCUAAUGUUCCACAGAGUAGUAACAGAAUACUAACUUAAGCUUCCCAAAGCUCACGCUGGCAGAGUUCCAGACCGGGAGGGAGAGAAUCAAGGGAAACAGAUCAGAUGUGUAUGUACUGUAUAUAGAGUACACCAUCGGU